AUGGUACAGCUGGGAAAAAGAAGAUCGACCAUACUAUCAUCCUUCUCAUCUCGUCGCUCACUAAGGACCAUUGUUACUGGCGAUACACCAUCUGAUCAAAUGAGAACGAUUAAUUCAGACCACUCGAGCCGCCCCAACAUUAGAUCUAGAGUAGUUGCGGCUCCCUCUUCUACUUCAGACUCGUCUCUCGAUUCGCUUACACUGGAAUCGCCUCUUGCAUCCACAUUUAGAAGAUCAGAGACCUUCUCCGCAUAUUCGUCAGCGCCUUCGGAGACGAGUUUUGAUCUGCGGAAAUUUGGUGGCAUCCCCAGGUCCACUCAUUGUGGCAACAUUUCAAGCUAUGUCGGUAGCAAGAACGUACUUCCUCUCGGAAACCGUCAGUCAAUGGCUUUCGAGAUCCAAGAACUUGAGUCACUGUGUUCACAAAUAAGUUCACCCGAUGAGGAUUUGCAAUUGCAUUUAGUCGAGAAUGCUAUCUUCAUGACGUUCUGCCUGAAGGAGGCAGACCGUAUCAAUAAUACCAGCACGCGUUACUGGGACGACUUGGACGCAGAAGAGAUAUUUAAGAACGACACAAUGCAAUCAGAAUCAUUACUGAUCCAUUGA